AUGUCGGAAGCAGAGAAUCGCGAUUCAAAGGCUGAUAUUGCCAUGAUUGAAUUUGUCCAAGCGGGACAGAAUCGCGAUGAGGAUUUCCGAAAGAAGAAUUCUCGUCUUGUGCGGAAGUUGGACUUGUAUAUCGCGCCGGUCAUGAUGCUCUUAAUGCUCAUCAGCUACCUUGACCGGGGAAACAUUGGAUUUGCGGCAACUCAAGGCAUGGCUGAUGAUAUUGGUCUGCAUGGGACACAGUUGAAUUUCCCAGUCUCCUUGCUCGUGAAGCGGCUGCAAUUCAAUCGCGUUAUUCCAGCCGCUACCGUUGCCUGGGGCCUUGUAUGCAUGUGCAAUGGCUUUAUCAACAACUUCGCCGGACUCUGUGUCUGUCGCCUCAUUUUAGGGCUCUUUGAAGGAUGUCUCUUUCCCUCGUUGACCCUUUUCAUGGCAAAUUGGUAUCUGAGGGAGGAAUUGGCCAUCCGGAUCUCUUACCUGAUGAUUGCAUCUGCUCUAGCUGGUGCUUUUGGUGGACUCAUCGCAUUUGGAAUUCUAUAUAUGGAUGUUUGCGCGAGUCUCACAGAGAAGCCCAGGCUUUAUAUUCUUGAAGGCCUUGCCACAAUAGUUAUUGGAUGCGUCUGCAUAUAUCUCGUGCCAAAGGACCCUGAGACAGCAUACUUCCUUAACGCGGAAGAGAAAGCGCUCAUGAGAUACCGCGCAGAGCAAUCAAAGGAUUACAGUGGCGGCGAAGGCCACUACAAGAUGGCAGAUGUCAAGCUUGCAACCAAAGAUAUCAAGACCUGGGUCCAUGCCAUCACGCAAAUCUGUGUAGUGACUAUCUUAUACGGUCGUUCUGACAAUGGUUCAAUCGCAGGAUUCGGCACUUUCCUCCCGAUUAUCUUGAAGAAUGGCUUCCAUUAUUCAACGAAGCAAGCCCAGUAUCUCACAAUCCCAGUGAACCUUUGGGGAGCCCUUGUCUACGCUAUCGGUGCCGUACUUGCAGACAAGUAUAAUGUUCGCUACCUCAUGAUUUUUGUCUGCAUUCCCUUUGGCAUUGCAGGAUACGCCAUACUUUUGGCUUUCGACGUCCCAGUUGGGGUGCUAUACCUCGGAACAUUCUUGAUCGCUACCCCAUGCUUCUUGUCUAACGGAAGCAACAUUGCAUGGCUUUCGAGUAACUGUGCGCCGGAUGGGAAACGAGCGGCCAGUUUGGGGAUCCAGCUCACAUUGACUAAUCUCGGAGGCAUUGUGGCAGGGCAGAUCUAUCAGAGUAAUUCUGCGCCGAGAUUUGUGCUUGGUCACUCUUGGAGCCUUGGUUCUCUGGUGGUUGCUUUUAUUGGGUGUACUUUCUUAAGAAUAGUUUAUCACCGGAGGGAGAACUGGAAAGCUCAAGCCAGGGAGAAUCUAGAGCAGGGGAGAAGCUCUGGCGUCCCCGAAUUGUGGGGGCCUACGGAUCGUGGGCUCAACUUCAAAUACUUGAUUUGA